AUGGUGUUGUGUGAAGCCUGUGAAGGGCAUUGUCUUGGAGUUGCCACUUACAAUGUGUUGAUUGAUGGGUAUUGCAAGGUUGGUGAUAUGAAGGCUGCUCUUGAUGUUUUGCAGUUGAUGAAGAAGAAUGGGGUCAACCCAAAUGUCCAAAUUUUUAAUGUAGUGAUCCAUGGAUUCUGUUGUGACAGUAAAGUGCAUCAAGCGAUGGCCUUCUUGACACAAAUGGUUGGGGCUGGGUUGUCGCCAAAUACUGUUACAUUCAACCCGCUGAUAUCUGGUCAUUGUAGCAUGGGUGAAAUUAAGAUUGCUAUCCAGUUGCUUGGUUUGAUGGAGGAUUAUGGCGUUCUUCCAGAUCGACAAACUUAUGCCAUCUUUAUAGAUGCUCAUUGUGAGGUCGACUAG